AACAAUUUUAGUGUUACAAUGGAUGAGGAUAUUCAAUCAACCGAGUCAUUGGCUGGUAAGAGGAUCAGGAGAAAGAUGUUAAGGAGUUGGUCAGGUGAAAUAGCUUACAUCAUCGAGGAAGAGGAAUCCAGUGAUUAUUCUUCAGCUUUACCAGAUAAAGCUGAUACCUCAGAUAAGAGGAAAUUAUUAAAUCCACAACAACCAUCAAACAAAACCAAUAUAAGUACAGAUUAUGCAAGAAUUGAAUUCCCAGCUACAAAACAUAAUUUCAUUCCAGGCUGUGGAAAAUUCGAACAAUGGGAAACUCAAAAUAAUUCCAACAAACAUAAAUAUUUGAAAAAAUUGCAUUCCGCAGGUACUAAUACAGAAGGGCCAACAAAUGUUCAUGUAUGUAACCAUUGUAAGAAAUAUAGGACAAAUAAUGAGAAUUCUUUCAAAGAAUAUGUAAAUAAAAAACUUUCAAAUACUGCAUUAAAUGCUACACAAGAAAAACCAAAGCAAACUCAUACUGAAAGGGGAAUGAGUAAGGCAUACUAUGCAACAAAAAGUACAAACACACCCAAUAAAAGGCAAGCUGUUGGCAGCAAAACUCACCAAUAUAACGAAAAACCCAAAAUUGAUUGUGAAAAUGAAGAUGAACAUCUUUCUUUUGUCAACACUCCUCGGAACACAAGGAAAACUUCAGUUUGUGCAAAUUUGGGUAAAGCAUUAAAUCAAUUUGUAGGAGGAACAUUAGAUGCACCAGUAUUGAUGGCAAACACAAAUCUACAAAGCAAUGAUAGAAAAGAUAGAAAUAAUAAUUAUAAAAGCCCUCAUCACAGAAAAAAAUUAACUGAUGGAAUGCCAAGUAAAGCUGAACGUCAUACCAGUUUUACAGGUAUAAAAGAAGAUGAUGAGGGAAUUAUAAAAAUAUUACCACCAUUAUUACAACCACCAAUAUCAAGUUAUUCCAAAAAAUGUGAGGAGGAUGCAAGAUAUGACAAAAGAAACAAUAUCUCAGUUCCUCAAAAAGAGUCUGACAAAAUUUCAUACCCAAGUCCUAUGGCACUCAUUAGUGAGAGAAAAUCGUGUACUUCAAACAAUGAACUUUGUGAACAAAGAAGGUUUAGAAACUCACUUAAAAAUGAAUUUGAAAUCAUCCAAGAACCUAAUUUAUCAAGAUAUCCAACUAAAUCACAGAACUCAAAUUUCAGUAGCAAUGUAAAGUCAAUGAACGUGAUCACAGAAACAAAUAGAAAAAGAUCGCAGACUGCAGAUAAUAAAGAUUGUGCUGGUAAUUACUUUCAGCCAUCAAUUCGUACACAAGCAGUGGAUUUUACUCCAUUUUUAACGCAGCUCCUAGAAUCCUGUUUGAAAAUUCCGUAUGUUUUGAAUAAUAUUAGGAGUGCCAAUAAUACAUUUGUCAGUGAUCUUCAAAAAUGGAAAAUGAACACUCAAAACUUAAUCAACAAAGGCAAUGUCAAUAUUGAAAAAAAUGAUAAGAGUGAUUACAAUAAUAACAAUCAAAUGGAGAAUGACGAUUGUACAAUUUGCAAUCACUGUCAUAAAGAACUUGAAACAAUGCUCCAGAUGCUGAAUAAGACUCAACCCACAAGUGACAAUUUGCAAAAUAAAUACAAACCUUGCAACUGUGCUAGCAACUUAUUUGCAAGAGAUGAUGUAUUGUUCAGCACACCCAACCAAUUACCGACAUAUCUAGCCCAAUGCCAUAUUCCAUAUCACCACAAAAUGCAAUCUGAGAUAUUAGCAAAGAUACAUCAAAUGCAAAAGUUAUCAAAGCAACGCUGCAGAGGAUGUGAUAUUACCAAUGGGCUGAAUGAAUCAGAACUUAUUAGAAACCAAAACAGAAAACCAAGAUGCGCAUUUAUAAAAGAAGAAAGUUCUGAUGAAGGGGAAAGUGAUUGCUCUCAUUGCAGUUCGUGUAGCUCCCUCUUGGAAUCAAAUUACUAACAAUUACUACUUUGUGUGACUAAUUUAAAAAAAAACAGGAAAAAUGUAUAAUUAAAAGUAUUUUUAUGACUGAAUGUUGUUAUCAUUGAA